UAGCCAAGCAAAGCUAGUAUUUCAUUCGUCUUCGGGAAACGUGACAGAAAAAUGUCAACAGAUGAACUGAGCUCUCUUUCGUCACUUGCCAUUCAGGCAAAUAUCGGAGAUUCCCCGCCGAAAAGGUCCCUUUCGGGGAAAAUUCUUAUCGGAGUAACAGGUGGAAUUGCGGUCGGCCUUUCCAUCGUUUGCUAUCCGUUCGUCGCGCCGGCGUUGCGUAAACACUGUUUACCUUACGUUCCGGCUACUGCCAAACAGAUCGACAAUGUGCUGACAUCGGUUCGACGGGCGGGUGCACCCGACAAGCUGUUGGACAUAGGCUCAGGCGAUGGACGGAUUGUGAUUGCUGCCGCCAAACGACUUCAGUUGGAGGCCCACGGAGUAGAGUUGAAUCCUUGGUUGGUUUACUACUCACGGUUGGCCGCACUGAAAGGAGGCGUUUUCGGGCAGACCAAAUUCUAUCGGAAGGAUUUGUGGAAGUAUGACAUUUCCGGGUACAACAACAUCGUGAUCUUUGGGGUGGAGCAAAUGAUGGCAGAUUUAGAAAAGAAGAUCGAACAUGAAGCAAAACCCGAUUCUACAAUCAUUGCCUGUCGAUUUCCGUUCCCCACGCUCCAGCCAACGAAGACCAUAGAUGAUGGAAUAAAUUCGGUAUGGGUUUAUCGGAAAUUUAAAUGAAAAUGUGUAUAAGUACUGAUUCAGUUUGUAAUUAAUGGAGAAAUUAUAUACGUUGUUAGAUGAAUAAAUUAUAAUACCUACGAUCUA